GGCGGCGCGUCGGCCGAUCGCACGAUGUGACGCGCCGCCCGAGGCAGGCCGGGCCCUCAAGAUGGCGGCGGGAGCCCCGAGCGGCUCGGCCCGGCAGUAGUGGCGGGACCGCACUAGCCUCGGGGGCCGGCCGCCCCGGGAGUGGCUGCAGGAGCGCCCGGAAUCGAGGAUGGUAAAAUGACCCAGGGGAAGAAGAAGAAACGGGCCGCGAACCGCAGUAUCAUGCUGGCCAAGAAGAUCAUCAUUAAGGACGGAGGCACGCCUCAAGGAAUAGGUUCUCCUAGUGUUUAUCAUGCGGUUAUUGUCAUCUUUUUGGAAUUUUUUGCUUGGGGAUUAUUGACAGCACCCACCUUGGUGGUACUACAUGAAACUUUUCCCAAACAUACAUUUCUGAUGAAUGGCCUAAUUCAAGGAGUAAAGGGUUUGUUGUCAUUCCUCAGUGCCCCACUUAUUGGUGCUCUUUCUGAUGUUUGGGGCCGAAAGUCCUUCUUGCUGCUAACAGUAUUUUUCACAUGUGCCCCGAUUCCUUUAAUGAAGAUCAGCCCAUGGUGGUACUUCGCUGUUAUUUCUGUUUCUGGAGUUUUUGCAGUGACUUUCUCCGUGGUAUUUGCAUAUGUAGCAGAUAUAACCCAAGAACACGAAAGAAGUAUGGCUUAUGGACUGGUCUCAGCAACAUUUGCUGCCAGUUUGGUAACCAGCCCUGCAAUUGGAGCCUACCUUGGGCGAGUGUACGGAGACAGCUUAGUGGUGGUCCUGGCUACAGCCAUAGCUUUGCUGGAUAUUUGCUUUAUCCUGGUUGCUGUGCCAGAGUCACUGCCUGAGAAGAUGCGGCCGGCAUCGUGGGGAGCGCCCAUUUCCUGGGAACAGGCUGACCCCUUUGCAUCCUUAAAAAAAGUGGGCCAAGAUUCCAUAGUGCUGCUAAUCUGCAUUACGGUGUUUCUCUCCUACUUACCGGAGGCAGGCCAAUAUUCCAGCUUUUUUCUAUACCUCAGACAGAUAAUGAAGUUCUCCCCGGAAAGUGUCGCAGCGUUCAUAGCGGUCCUCGGGAUCCUCUCCAUCAUCGCACAGACCAUAGUCUUGAGUUUACUUAUGAGGUCAAUUGGAAAUAAGAACACCAUUUUAUUGGGUCUAGGAUUUCAAAUAUUACAGCUGGCUUGGUAUGGCUUCGGUUCAGAACCUUGGAUGAUGUGGGCAGCGGGGGCCGUGGCCGCCAUGUCCAGCAUCACAUUCCCAGCUGUCAGUGCCCUGGUCUCAAGGACUGCUGAUGCUGACCAACAAGGUGUUGUUCAAGGAAUGAUAACAGGAAUUCGAGGGUUGUGCAAUGGUUUAGGACCAGCUCUCUAUGGAUUUAUUUUCUACAUAUUUCACGUGGAACUGAAAGAACUACCAAUGACAGGAACAGACUUAGGAACGAACACAAGUCCGCAGCACCACUUUGAGCAGAAUUCCAUCAUCCCUGGCCCCCCCUUCCUCUUCGGAGCCUGUUCAGUCCUGCUGGCCCUGCUUGUUGCCUUGUUUAUUCCGGAACAUACCAAUCUAAGCUUACGGUCCAGCAGCUGGAGAAAGCACUGUGGCAGCCACAGCCAUCCUCACAGCACACAAGCACCGGGAGAGGCCAAAGAACCUUUACUCCAGGACACAAACGUGUGAUGCCCGAAAUCAGGAAGACUUUUUUAUCCAUGCCCAGGUCUUAGUUUUCACCUGUAGUUCUGGAUGUACAUUCCAUUUCCAUCUAAAAUACACAUUACGGUUGUCUUAAGAAAUGUAUCUGCAUGAACUCCGUGGGAACUAAAGAAAGAACCGGUCAGUUUUCCAAAGAUGUUACAAUUUCUUUUGAAAAGAAACCUUUUGUUUAUGAGCACCAAUUUCUUGCCACUAAACUAUUUGUUUUAUUAUAUACAUCCUUUAAUUAAAAACUAUAUAUGUAACUCCUUAGAUCCUAGCAAUGUCUCUGCUACCAUUUCCUUCAGGUGUUGAGCUUUAACUCUAUGCUGACACACAGUGAGACAGAGUACAUGAUACGGUUGUGGACUAGCUUAACGUUUUAAAAUACUGAGUCAGAUUUUAAUAUUGUAAAAUCUUGGGUCAAAUAAUUCAAAGCCUUAAUGCAGAUGCACUAAAGAAACGGUAAAUGAAUUGUUUGCAUUUUAAAAAGAACUCUUAAGAAAAUAAUAUUAAUCUGAAUCAUGUUUCAAGCUCAUUUGUAGUAAUUUUGUGUUACACAUUAUUCACUACUAUUUUUGAAAUGAAAAAAGUAUCAGCCAUUUAGAAUUUAAAUGGGGGUGUUUAAGAGCCUAUGAAUUUAAUGCUGGCUCAAAUUUGUCCCCCAGCUACUUACACCACUAUUUUUUUCAUGUUUGCAUAAUCAUAAGAGCCUCAACACUUGAAUACAUAAUCUGGAAUUCUAUAGUACAGCUGGUAGCCUUGAAACCGUUGGUGUGAUCUCCAUAGUAGAUGAAUAUACAUAUACAUAUAGUGGCCUUUGAGGACUGCUGUCACAGUAACACUUUAUUUACCCAGCUAAUGUUUGUCCUAAAUUUUCAGGACCCUAGGAGAGAGCUUUAUACAAUUACUGAUGUGAAUUUCUUCUCUAAAGUGUAUAUUUUUGUGUCCAGUUAUAUUAUUUAAAAAAGUGUUACUUUGUAAAAAUUGUACAUAAAGUAUUGUAUAGUUUA